UCGGCUGCGGGAAAGGCUUCUGGAUGGACAAACACAUGAUGUGCCACCCCUGUGGGCCGGGCUACUACAACCCCUCAGAGACUGCAGUAACAUGUCUUCCAUGCCCGGUGCAGUACGAGAAAGGAUUCAUUUCAGCUGACAGCGUCAGUGAGUGCUUCCUGACACGACAAGACCAGCACAGUGGAU